GCUAUCUGGCAGAGGCCGUAGGACUCAGAGCCAGGCAAACUUCUGUGGGGAGCACUGGGACCCGGGGCCCCAUGGCCCUCCCAUCGGAGGCCAGCUACCUGGAAGACAAGUGGGACUCGAUUUUUUCUGCCAUACAAUGGAUACAGUUUGUCAUGGCUACCCUCAGCAUUAUGGGAUCAAGUUCAAUCAUUGCCUAUACUAUCUUCCAGAACAUAAUGAAGUCCCCAGAGGUGAGGCCACUUCUGUGUUUGAGUUUCUCGGACCUACUUCUGGGGACGUGUUGGCUCCUGGGGGCUCUGCUGUACGGGACCCCGAUGGCCAAAGAGGACGUUGUCUGUUAUAACCUUCAAACCACAGGCCAG